UUCUGUUUGAAUAGGUCAGAACGCGUGAUGCAGAAAAUGGAUAUUUAAGCUCGCAAAAUCGAAGGAAGGAGUCAACCAAAUGGAAUGCAGAAAGCAAUCACCAUGAGGGGUGUUCUCCUGACUUUGAGCUUCGUGCUGACUUCACUGUUUGUUGUUAGCCAUGCAGCGCCCCUUGAAAGUGACGAUGUGGUGCUGAUACUUAUUUCGAAGUGCACCGAGGCGGGAGAGCCGUUCCGCGUGCCUGGAAACUGCACCAGCUUCCUGCAGUGCAUAGGUAAGGGGGUGGCGGCGCUCAGCCACUGUCCCGCCGGCCUAGAGUUCGACGCGGAGCACAAAGUGUGCGACUACCCGAUGUUCGCCGGCUGCUCUUCCUCCAAGUGAGGAAGAACUCUUGCUCCUCAGAAUACUUAACUUCUGGUGGGCGUCGGUAUUUACGAGACUUUCUCAUAAAUCUAGGAUCAAGUAAAUAAUAAAACUUGUCAAUUUUUAUGGGAAAUAAAGAGACUGUUUUGUGAGCUAGAAUAUAGCAUAUUGUUAUUCAGUUAUUAAUGAUGAGCAGUUAUCUAUAAAAUACGUAAAAAGUUAUGUUGCUUGUAUUCUUUCCUUGUAAUUUCGUUUCUUAUCCUAAUAAACACUUCUCUUCUUGA